AUAUUUUAAAUGCUCCCAGGAUCUCUGAUACUUGGCACUUCUGGACUGGGAGAACCCGGUAGCCAAAGAGUGGGUGGAAAAUAAGUAGAUUUCCGCGGCUGGUGGCGGAACCCAGACUGGAGGCUUCAGAGCCUACCACCAAGGCUGACCCUCCCGAGGAUUUUUGAUUUGGGGCUUGAACUCCAGCAGCUAAAGUCUUCAGAUGGAUUUUAAAAUUCAGUACACUUGGGAUGGUUUUCCCGUGAAGCAUGAGCCAGUGUUUGUUAAGCUGAAUCCAGGUGAUGGAGGAGUGAUGAUGGAAGUUAGUGCUCCAUUUUUCAAUGAUCCUCCAGCCCCACUUGGAGAACCAGGAAAACCUUACAAUGAACUGUGGAAUUAUGAAGUUGUGGAAGCAUUUUUCUUGAAUGACAUAACUGAACAGUAUUUAGAAGUUGAACUUUGUCCUCAUGGACAACAUUUGGUGCUCUUACUCUCUGGAAGAAGAAAUGUCUGGAAACAAGAACUUGCUCUGUCAUACAAAGUGUCUAGAGGAGAGACAAAAUGGGAAGGCAGAGCUUAUCUUCCUUGGAGUUAUUUUCCACCAAAUGUGACAAAAUUCAAUUCAUUUGCAAUUCAUGGAUCAACAGAUAAAAGAAACUAUGAAGCUCUUUACCCGAUACCUCAACGUGAACUGCAACAAGGACAAAAACCUGAUUUUCAUCGUCUGGAAUACUUCAAGCCUUUCAGUUUUAAUACACUGCUUGGAGAAGAAUGGAAACAACCAGAAUCAGAGCUGUGGUUAAUAGAGAAACCUGAUGUAUAGGAGUAUAGUAGAUGACCAUAUCAAUCAUUUCUUCUCUGUAUCUUUUAAGGUAAACCAACAAUAUGUAUAAUUUUUUUAAUCAUGAUACCACCAGUAUACUUCAAGAACAACGAUUUUCAUAGAGAUCAGUGAAAAUAGAGUAUCUUUGUAGCAAGUUGUAUAUGAAUUAACAAGAAAAUAGAAAGUUUGUAGAUGACUUUAUCUAGAAAGUGAAAAUGUUUCUCAGAGUCAUUCAGAGUAGGAGCCAUCAUGUUCUAUCUGCUUUGCAUUUCCAUCACCCCAGAUAUCCCUGACUCUAUCAACCAAUACUGUUAUUUCUCUUCCUAACUCCCUAAACCUCAGCCAGCCUGACACUGGAACAUCUUAUUUGUGCAUUUUUUUAAAGUUCUAUGUAGCGUACAGUAAUUCUUUACUUGGAAGCUUCUGUGCAUUCUUGAAGUAGGUUGAAAACAAUGACCUAUUUCAGAUAAGCAGGACAUCCACAUCUGUUAAGGCAUCAUUAAGAUACAUAUGUAUGUAACCAGCUGUUUUUCAUGUCUUGAGACUAUUUUUAGUCUGAAGAAGGAAAUGGAAUGAAGUAUUCUUAAAUUUGGGCAGCAGGUUCUACUUUUAUUUACAAACAGAUGACAUUUUCUCAAUGCUGUUAAACCAGAUGCCAAAAUAUCUUCACUUUAUUUUAUAAACAUCAAACGCUCCUGGUCUAGAAUUUUUCAAAUUUUGUGUUGUGAUAUAGUUCAGUGUUUAAAGCCAUCUAGUAUAUCAUCUAUGAAUUUCUCCACCAACCCUGGUCCUUCACUAGCAUUCUUAACUCAGAGAUUAACAGUCUUUCAGGAGAACUUUUUUUAAAAGAACUUUUAUUACUUGUACAGAAUACCUAGUUGUCUACUCAACAAUAUAAUUUAUCCUCUUGUUUUUUACUAACAGAACCUGAAUUUUUAGGGUCACUGCACAAAAACAUUUUUCCAGAUUCCUUUGCAGAUAGAAAUGAUAUGAUAAAACAGUUCAGGUUAAUGAGAUGUGAGUAUGCAGUGUUAGGUGGAACUUCAAGAAAAGAUGUUUUAAAGAUGGAAGAUUCAGCUGCCAUACAUGUUUUACCUUUUGUCCUUUGCCCUCCCCUUACUUUUUCCAGCAUUACAUAAUUCAAACCUGAGGUAACACACUAGCUAUAUUGUAUCAAUGAGGAGACAGUCCAGGUUCCCCUGAGCAGUAAGGCAAAGGGCCUAUGUUCUAAACAGUACAAUAGAGUAAUGUAUCAUAUCUGGACUGCCUACCAUAUCUGGAUUUCUUUACAUAGGAGAAAAUAAGCUGCUUAAUUUGCUAUUCCAAAUUGAUCUAUAGAUUCAAUACAAUCCCAGUUAAAAAUCACAGGUGGCUUUUUGGGGAGUAUAAAUUGACAAACUGACUCCAAUUUUAUAUGGAAAGGCAGGGGACCUCAAAAUAGCCAAAACAAUUUUGAAAAAGAACAAAGUUGGAGGACUUAUACAAUCUGACUUCCAAACUUACUACUAAGCUUCAAUAAUAAAGAUGGUGUAACCUUGGCAUAGAUUUAGACAAAUACAUCAAUGUAACGGAAUAGAGAAACCAGAAAGAGAACUAUAUGCAGUUCUUUUGAUUUUUGACAAAGGUGCCAAUGUAUUUAAAAAGGAAAAUGAUAAUCUUUUCAACAAAUGGUAUUGAAUAACUGUAAAAAUUGUGAAAACAAAAACGAAACCUUGACCUCUACUUAAUAGCCUACAGAAAAAUUAAUGUAACUGACGAAGUGAAAAAGUUCUAGGAGAAAAUCUUUAUAAUCAGGGUAGAGAAACAUUUUUUUUUUUCAAAUAGGACAUGAAAGGCACUAACAAAGAGAAAAAGAUUAAACUUCAUCAAAAUCAAAACUUUCUGUUGAUCAAAAGCUUCCAUUAAGAAAAUGAAAAAACAAGUCACAGAUUGGAAUAAAGUGUUCAAAAUAUCCAUAUCGGACAAAGAAUAUUUAUCCAGAAUAUAUGGAGAAUAUAAACCAGUAAUAUAAGGAGAAGCCAGUUAGGGACACUUUGCAAAAAAAAAUACAAAAGGCCAAUAAGUAUAUAGAAAGUCAACAUCACUUAUUUUCAAGGAAAUGCAAAUUAAAGCCACAAUGAGAUACCACUAACUGACUAAAAUUA